GUGGUGCGCACGGGAGGAAGGGACAGGACAAGAAAGGAAAAAUAAUAGGUUUCCACCGUGAUAAUGGUGGGGUCUGACAGGUGUAACGUAUUGAUUUACACUUUGAGAAACACUUCCAACAUGUGUGAAUCUGUACACACAAAGACAACCCUGCACGAUUAACCCUCUCCACAGUAUUUAGGAAAGAGCAAAGCUAUAAAGGGACAUAAACAAAGGC